AUGGCUGAGGGUGAGGGUCUGGUAUAUAUGAGAAGCACUGUUCUGCAACUCUGGCUGGCAGGGUUAUUCUGUCUUUCUGGUUGGCCUAGAAUUGGGCAGGCUCAACAUCACAGCCCCCCAGAAGUGCUGAUACCCAUGAAGAUAAAUGACAAUGGUGGAGGCAUUAGGUCCAAAGAGUGGAUCUCCUACAGCCUACCCUUUGGGAAUAAGAGACAUAUUGUCCACCUGAAAGCUAAGAGAAAUUUGGUGUCCCCACAUUUCUCUCUGUUCACCUACACAGAACAGGGAGUGCUCCUUGAAGAUCAACCGUUUGUCCAGAAUGACUGCUACUACCAGGGCUAUGUGGAAGGGGACCCAGAAUCCCUGGUAGUUCUUAGCACCUGUCUUGGUGGCUUGCGAGGAACACUACAAAUAAAUAAUAUUCUUUAUGAAAUCAAGCCCAAGAACCUUUCGGCCACCUUUGAACAUCUGGUUUAUAAGAUGGACAGUGAGGAGACACAUUUCCCCCCCAUGAGAUGUGCCAUAACAGAAGAAGAAAUUGCACAACAAUUGAAAUUUCAAGAGACUGAUGAUUUUAUACCCAGGCAAAGUGGCUAUGAAGGCUGGUGGACCCACAGAUGGUUUCUUGAACUUGCAUUUGUUGUAGACAAUAAGCGCUUCCUUGAUCGCAAAAGCAAUGUAUCCAGGGUGAUACAGGAAGUAUUUGUCAUUGUCAGUGAAGCAGACUCCAUUUUUUUUGCACUAGAUAUUGAAGCAUCUUUAGUUGGACUUGAGAUCUGGACUGAAAAAAAUCAUGUACAAGGAACUAACUUAGACAAGCUCCUGCUAGACUUUUGCAUAUGGAAGAGAUAUAACUUUAAUCCUCGUGUGAGAUCUGAUAUUGGACAUCUUUUAAUGCAACAAAAUUUCGGUAGAGAUCUUGGCAAGGCAUCUCUUCAAACUGUAUGUAAUUCAAUUUUUAAUUGUGGAGUUAAUCGUAUACUAGGGGAAAAUUUGUAUCAUAUUGGACACAUUGUGGCACAUGAGAUUGGUCAUAAUUUGGGCAUGUUUCAUGAUAGAGCUCACUGUAGCUGUGGAGUGAAAGUAUGCAUCAUGGCUCCAGCAGACAAUUAUUCCAGAAAAUUCAGCAACUGCAGUUAUGCUAAAUUUAUGGAGACUAUUGGACGGACAGAUUGUAUGCGUUUGCCGCCUCAUCCAUUACACAUCUAUAAACAUGAGUUCUGUGGGAAUCGUGAGAUUGAUGUUGGAGAAGAAUGUGACUGUGGAUCCAUAAAAUUGUGUAACCAAGACCCAUGUUGUCUAGCAAACUGCACUCUACAAUCUGAGGCCGAAUGUGCUUCCGGGCUCUGUUGUGAAGAUUGUCACCUCCAGCCUUCAGGCACAGUGUGCAGAGAAAAGAAAAAUGUAUGUGAUCUUCCUGAAUGGUGUAAUGGGAUUUCGCAGCAUUGUCCAGAAGAUGUGUAUUUGUCAGAUGGGUCACCAUGUCCUGGUAGUGGCUAUUGUUAUGAAAACAGAUGUAAUAACCGAGAUGAACAGUGCCAGAAGAUUUUUGGGAGUAAAGCCAGGAAUGCAAAUCAGCUUUGCUACAGGGAAAUGAACACCCGAGGUGACCGUUUUGGAAACUGCGGUUUCACUAGCAAUGAAUAUAGGAAGUGUGACAUCUCAGAUAUCUACUGUGGCAGAAUUCAGUGUGAGAAUGUGGCAGAAGUCCCGAUGUUGGCAAGCCAUUCUACUGUACAUUGGACACACUUUAAUGAGGUCACCUGCUGGGGUACUGACUACCAUUGGGGGAUUGAGAUGCCUGAUAUUGGUGAUAUAAAAGAUGGCUCAGAAUGUGGUAUAAAACAUCUAUGCCUACACAGGAAGUGUGUCCCCAUGCCAGUGUGGGCACAUGAUUGUUCUCCAAGAACCUGCAAUAUGCGUGGUGUCUGCAACAAUAAACAGCACUGCCAUUGCAAUAAGGGGUGGAAGCCACCAAAUUGCUGGAACGAGGGCUUUGGGGGUAGUGUUGACAGUGGCCCACCUCCUUGGAAGGAUCAACCAACAAUUGAGUUUUAUUAUUCAUUCUGUGAGUGUGGUGUACCCAUCAGUCAAGUAUGGGCAUAUGAUCAAGUAUCCUCGCAAUUGGAUAAAUCGCAUUUGAUCAAGUUUGCACUUCUAAAGGAUUGA